AUGGCUCAGAAGAAGCACAAGUACGAGUUUGGUGGCCCCCCUGGCGCCACUGCCAUUGUCUUUGGGCUUCCUGUGCUCCUGUGGACGUUCUUCUUCGUCUGCAAUGACAAGACCGGCUGCCCUGCGCCUUCGGCCCUGAGCCCUCGCACCUUGACCUUGGAGAAGCUCAAGGCUGAGACGCCAUGGCCCGCGGACGGCAUCUGGGGUUUCUGUAGCUGGGAAGCUAUGGGCUGGACUCUGGCCUACUACUUCUUGAGCUUGGUGCUCUACCGUAUCCUUCCUGCCCAGGAGAUGCUGGGCACGAAGCUGGUUCAGUCCGGCAAGCCCUUGAAAUACCGCUUCAACUCCUUCAACUCCUCAGUUGUCCAGCUUGUUGCCUUGGCCACUGGCACCUACCUUCAAGGUGCCGACUUUGUUGUCUGGACCUACAUCUCAGACAACUACCUUCAGCUGCUGACCGCCAACAUCAUCCUCGCCUACGCAAUCACCGUGUACGUCUACGUUGCCAGCUUCAGCGUGAAGCCCGGCAACCCCGACCUUCGCGAACUUGCCGUCGGCGGCAACACUGGCAGUCUGAUCUACGACUUGUACAUCGGUCGCGAGCUGAACCCCCGCAUCACCUUGCCGUUCUUCGGGGAGAUCGACAUCAAGGCUUGGCUUGAGAUGCGCCCCGGCCUGACUGGUUGGGUCAUCCUCAACCUGGCUUUCUGCGCCAAGCAGUACCGCACCUACGGAUACCUCUCUGACAGCAUCAUCUUCACGACCGCCGUCCAGGCCUACUACGUCCUUGAGGGCCAGUUCAUGGAGGCUGGUCUCCUGACCAUGAUAGACAUCACCACCGAUGGUCUGGGCUUCAUGUUGACGUUUGGCGACAUCGCCUGGGUCCCCUUCCUCUACUCCACCCAGACCCGCUACCUCUCCGUCUACCCCGUUCACCUAGGCUGGGCUGGCAUCGCCGGCGUUGCCAGCGUUUUCGCCACCGGUCUGUACAUCUUUCGCGCUGCGAACAAUCAAAAGAAGGUCUUCCGGAUGCAACCUGACCACCCGAGCGUCAAGGACAUGCCCUUCAUCCAGACGAAGCGAGGGACCAGGCUGCUCACCGGUGGAUGGUGGGGCAAGUCGCGUCACAUCAACUACUUUGGCGAUUGGCUUCAAGCUUCACCCUUCAGUCUGCCGACUGGAAUAGCUGGGUAUCAGAUCCUCACCGCCGGCAGUGCCGUCUCCGGCGCGAUCACGAUGCUCGACGGCCGGGAGGUAGUCCAAGGUGCGGCCCGCGGCUGGGGCAUGAUCUUCACGUACUUUUACGUGUUGUACUUUGCCAUUUUGCUCAUCCAUCGCGAGGGACGGGAUGACGUCGCUUGUUCAGAGAAGUACGGCGAGGACUGGGAGAAGUAUAAGAAGAUUGUCAGGUGGAGAAUUCUACCUGGGGUAUAUUAG